UCAAGCUAGAUGUCGCAAAAAACUAGCCAACUUUUUAUAAAACUAAUUAUUUUUAUAAAGUUAUUUUAUUUUCAUUUACAAUAUUAAAUAAAAAAGCAAAAAAUUUUAACACAAAAAUAAAGCAAAUGACAAGACAUUGACAACGACACAUUUUAAUAAAAAUAUUUUUAUUAUUUUUUUUUUUUUUGAUCUUGUGUGUGUGUGGGUAAAAGGUUAAAGAAAUAAGUGAAAAAAAAAAAUACAUCAAAAUUGCAGGAUACAAGAAUAAAGAACGGCUUCGGCCGUGGGGAUUUAAUAGAUGUGAAAUAAUGCCCGGAGCUAUGAAAAAUUUAAAAAUGUCAAUACCAAGUUGUGAAAAUUUUUCAGCAUGUUAUAUGGAAUUAUGUAAACAACAAAGAUUACGUCCAUUGCCAAUGAUAUGUUUAACAUUACCAUAUACACUAGAUUUCACAACAGAUCGUGUUAAAAUUGAUGACUGGGGUCCAAUAUUAAAUUCCUUAUCACUGGAUAAAAGUUUAAAAAUAAUAAAAGUUAAGAGUAAAUAUCAUUGUCGUAAAUUAUUGGACGAUGCAAAUUCAGAAAUGAAAGCAAGAUCAUUAGGUAAAUCACCAGUAAUAUUGAGUAGAUAUUUGCUGGAAUGGUUAACACACAGUAUUGCACAAUGUGUUAGAAAUUCAUGUGUGCUAACACGUUUAGAAAUUGAAGGUAUACCAUUACCAGCAGAUUGUCUAGCUGCAUUGUGUGUUGGUAUAACUAAAACAAUAAGUCUCAAACAUUUAUCAUUGCAAGGUUGUUUUAUUGGUGAUCGAAGUUGUGCACUUGUUUGUAAAACAAUCAUUGACAUACAAAGUAUUAAAUCACUUAAUUUAAGCCAGUGUGAUUUGAGCUCUGAUUGUGGACCAGUACUUGCCGCAGCAUUAUCAAGACAACAACUUUUAUUAUUUCAUGACACAUGGAAAGAUUCAUUGAGAUAUAGAAAUCCAAAUUUAGAUGCAAUGCCUGGUCUGAGAAGAUUAACACUCAAUGGUAAUCCACAUCUUGGUGAUCAAGCUGUUGUUGAAAUUAUUGAAUCAAUACAAGACAGUCUUUGGUUGAAAGCAAUUGAUCUACAACACUGUGGUAUAACUGACACAAUUGCUGAUGAAAUUAUUGAUUUACUAGAAAUUAAUACGACACUUGAAGUCUUUGAUGUUAGAUUGAAUAAUGGCCUAAGUCCAGAAAUUGUUGAACAAAUAUUUUCGAGGAUUCAAUGCAAUCAUAAUGGCUCAAGAUUGCAAUAUAGAUUUUUAAAUAUACAACCGAAAAAUCAACGAGCUGUAUCAGCUGGUGUUAAACCAUCAAAUCAAUCAAAAAAUAUUAAUAAUAAUAGCAAUAAAAUUAGGCCAAAGAGUGCUGCAUUUAUUAAUGCAAAAAUUAAUAAUACAGCUGCUUUGAAUAAAACUCUGAAUACAACACAAUCAAUUCUUAAAAAAUCACAUAAAUUAAAAACACCAGUUGUACUUCAAAAACAACAACUAAAAAAUGAUAAUGAAAAAAUUUUAUUAUUAAAAAAAGACAAGGCAAAGAUUGGUUUACAUCUUGAUAUACAAGAAAAAAUAAAAUCAGUUGUUGAAAAAAAUUCAUCAUCAGUUGUUAAUUCAAAGAUAAAAAAAGAUGAUGAAGAAAAACAAGAUUUACUUGAACGUGAAUUGGAAGUAGUUAAACUUCAGCAAGAAAAAUUGGAUGAUAAAAUUGAAAAAAUGGAAUUGGAAUUACAGGAAGAAAGAUCACGUCGUAUUGAAGCUGAGUCUCGUUUGCAAUUAAUGAAUGAUGAUUUAUUAGAACUUGAAAAUACACUGAAAGAAAAAGAAUAUGAAACAAGAGGUUAUAUAUUGAUAAGUCAACAAUCAUUUGAUGAAAUAAAUGAUCUAUUUGAAAAGUUGUUGGAAAUGUUGGAUGAUUUAUCAAGAAAACCAGAAAUAAGAUGGCAAAAUGAUGAUUCAUCUGAUAAUGAUGAAACAGAGUCGAUAAAACGUAAAGUUGCAUUGAUAUUGCGUCAAACAAAAUCUGAAAGUUUACAAAAAACAAUUGAUAUACCGAAUAUUAAAUUUACAAAAUCAACUGGGGAUAUACAAAAUAAUAUGACACCAUUGAGAAUUGAAAGAGAUGAUGUUGGUGAUGCUGCCAAUUGUCAAUUGUUAUCACAAAGUUACAGAAGUACCAAGCAAGAAUAUUCACCGUUUCAAUUGACUGAUGGUGAUGAUCGUGAAUUUUUACCAACUUUAAGAAUAAAUCAAGAUGACGAUGAUGAUGAUGAUGAUGAUGAAGAAGAAGAAGAGGAUGAAGAAGAUGAAGAAGAAAAUGAAAUAUUAGAAUCAAAUCAUGAAUCAGCAUUCUCACGACGUCAAAGAGCUCGUCAAAUAUUUAGUCAAGUUGUCAAUAAUGAAGUUAUGCUAAAAAUACGUUCUUUUGCAACAUAAAUAAUUUAAAAAUAAUAAAAAAAAAAUUAAUACCGCAUAGACAAUACUGAUGAUAAUUUAGA